CGAACAGUCCCCCUCCGUUCCCCUGGGGUUGCGAGUGUUGCAGGCCAAAGGAUGUCGAGGCAGCCAGCCAAGCGGCCUGAGUUGGAAAUUGACAUUGACGAGGCUGAGCAACUGCUUGCGCUGGAUCAAGUAGCCCUCGAGAAGGUGAAAAUGAAAGACGCCGAUUCGCAGGAGCCGGGAUCCCCCACACUGCUGGAGUGGUUUCAAAUGACCAGGACCGUGAAAUCAUGUCCAGCAAGUGAAUGUGGCCAGUCUCGAGACUUUUCGGAUGUGGACAACAGUGUCACGGAAACCAGGGCACCCUCCUCCACUGAGCUUUUAGGGUGUACGCCAGAUCAUUCUCCGAUGGCUCAGAAGACCAAGUUAUCAAGCCAGGCGGCACCAUUUCAGCCAACGACAGCUCGCUGGGUGGCGGUUCCAGUGCGCUGCGUCAGGCCUGCACAGACACAGUGGUUUGUGCCAAACGCAGGAUCAACCGGCCACGCCUGGGGGGAUUGCGCACCAUGUGCCUUCUUCCAUACCACCGGCUGUGUGAAAGGCCAGAGCUGUUCCUACUGUCACCUCUGCGGGCCAUGAAAGGAACAUUUUGGAGCUUUGUAAUGGCCCAACCCCUCUCGUGCGCAAAAGUCAGCAGACACGUCGGUUCCUGCACAGAAUUGUUAUAACUAGAAUGGCCAGUCGUUGAGUGGAUAUUCUGACUGGGGCUCUGAUACAACAUGUUCC